AGUAGCAACAAACAAUUUUACAGGCGUGGCUUUUUAAAAGAAAACAGAUAAUUAUGAAUUAAAUAGUCAAUAAAAUAAGUUAAAUGUGAUCUUUACUAGCUUAUUUCAUAACCAAGAGUGUCUUACAUGUAGUUAUAACAGUGAAACCUAACAAAACAAGUGCCUGUAUACGUUAGGAAAUAGGGCGUCAACUUCUGCCGAGUAAGAACGAAAAAUAAACAUGUACGGACGAAAAACACCUUCUACUUAUCGAUCAACGCCGUCAGUGUAUUCACAUUACACCGGAAAAUCAUCAACAAACCUCAGAUCUUCUAAAUCAUUAAAGUCACUCCGGUUGCCGUGGUAUCAGAAACCGAUACUCCAUGAUGCCUUCUUCUUGGAUCUGCAGAGAGGAUCCCUUCUUACUGGGUUCUUCACUUUGUUUAUGGCACUGUUCACAUUUGGGGAGAGUAUCUUCGAGCUGUACUGCCUGUACAUGGCGACUCCAGGCUUCACCCACACUGGAUAUUACGUCAUAAGCUACCAGUUUGUCUAUGUUGGCAGUCCACCAGUUCGCAACGUACUGAUAAUAUUUGCGCUGUUCUCCUGGCUCGGAUCUGCUGCAGUACUGGUCACCAGCAUCAUACUUAUCAACGCUUUAAGAAAGGAAUAUGAGAAGCGUAUAGUACCCUGGCUGUUCACAUUCGGAGUGUUCAUAGUGUUUCGUCUGAUUGCGUUUAUAUUUGCGUCCAUAGUGAACGACAUGAUAUUCGCCUACAAUGUGAUCAUGUGUUUGUGCUGGAUCGUAUUCUGUGUGGUUGGCAUGUAUGGAUGGGUGUUAGUCUACAGUCUGUACUUGGAGCUCGCUGAUCUAACUAAAUUGGAAGAUUUGGCACAUUUAAGGAUGGGUACAAUGGCCUCCCUUAACGCGUCUCUAGCUGGCUCUCGCCCCACGACUCCACACAGCACUGUGUCAACGAUGCCAGCCUCACAAAUAUGAUACGCGGCCCCGGACCACCCUGACGAGGCUACGCCCCUGACUGUGGAGCCCCCGCCCCCCGUCGAAGGCAGCCUCGAGACACCCGUGUGAUCUUAAGAACAUUUGGUGAGAUGAAAUUGUAAAUUUUUGCUAUGUAGGUGGCGCUGGUGUCGUUUUUGGGCGUUUAAAUUAAGAUUAUAACUAGAUAUCGCGGGUUACUCACAUGAAAAUACUGAGAAAAGCUCUACUAGUUUCGAGCAACA